AUGAUCCAGAUUGGAAGCCGGUCAGAUCCAGAAGCAUUUGUACAAAGAGCGCUGUUCGAAAAGUGUUACAAGUUCAUCCCAGAUCCAGACACCUACCUUGAUCGGUGGUUCCUGGGUGCCCUGCAAGAGGAGAUAAAGCACGAAAAUGUGAAAGAGUUUAUACAAUGGGCGUUCUUCAACCGCGGUGGGGAAGCUGGAGAUGAUGAGGAGGAGUCGGACGAGUAUGUGGCUGCAUACGAGACCUCGGUGGGAAGGAAGUUCGAGCCAGGGAGGGGCAAGGCCGAGAGUCUUCGCCUGACACUCGAUCCAAUAGACAUGCUACAUCGUAGUUUGGCUUGGUAUAUGUGCGUGGGCUUUGUCGACUUGCUCACCUACAUCAACCUCCUCCGCGCCGGGUUCCAUUUCCACCGCACCUGCCUCUCCCGUUUCUUCACAGUGUUCCCCUUCCGCCCGCCGUCCUCACUACCAAGCGGUCACCCGCAAAAUACACAACCUACUGGCACCGUCCCCACACAUCGCCUCAAUCCUCAACCAGCACGGCUACUCCGGGUUGUGCUUGCCACGCAUAGCUACGGCUCUGUGAUUGCGACCCAUCUCCUCGCGCACGCCGAAACGGCGCCAAUGAUCGCGGAUAUCGUGCUUAUCGACCUGGUGACCAUCUUGCUGCACCUGCCUGACGUAGCAUAUAACUUCACAUGGCGUCAGCCGCAGUCGGUGAGCCAGCACCAGCUGUGGUACUUUGCGAGCAUGGAUAUGGGGGUUGCGCAUAGUUUGGCGCGGCACUUCUUCUGGUCGGAGAAUGUGCUGUGGAAGGAGGCUGUAGAGGGCCGCAAUGUUACGGUCAGUUUGGCAGGGAGAGACUUGAUUAUUAACACCGAGUCUGUGGGCCGAUAUUUGGCAGAGGGAACUGAAGAUGUAGAUAAUGAGAGAGCUGUGGAGAUAAUGCCCGAUGUGAGCGAGGAGGGGGGCUUGCUGGUACAGGAAGGGUGGAAACAUAGGCCUUGGCGAGGGAAGGGAAUUGAUAUCCUCUGGUUCGACAAUUUAGACCACGUGCAAGUAUUUGAUACGCCUGCGACGAGACGACCUGUCUUGGAGGCUAUUCGAGCAUACUCCGCGAAUGGCGAUAAUGCUCUCGGAACAGCCACAGCUGUGGACGAGGGUGAGUAG